UUGUAAACUUGUGAUUGCGUUCCGUCGAUUAAAUAUUGAUUAAGAUUAUAAAGUUUCUUCUAAAAGAGUAUAAAUAUCAUUGGCACUUAACAAGUGUUUCUUACCUUAAUACACAAGUAUUUUAUUGAUAUAUUGCUCUAUAUUUUAAACAGUUUUUCAUUCGAUAAAAUGCCACGCAUUCUCAUUUAUGUUGUAGUCGUGUCAGUGUUCACAUGUAUCGCACAUGCGCAAAAUAUUUCUCUGCGUGUCGAGAAUGAACAAAUCAGUGGAGAGCCGCAAAAUAAUAGUUCAUCUCAAAUUAAAGUUUAUGAAGAAUUAUUCAAAAAAUCAUUUGAACAUCAGCGCAAGGAACACAUUGCAGUCAUUAAGCGUCUUCAGAAAAUAGAUGACUACGAACGUUUGUAUAAAAUGAUUACAGUUUUUGGUGAAAAAAUGAUUGAUGUGAUCGAAGCAAGUAAAGCAUUGAUUGAAAAUGGGGAUUUCAAUCCAAAUAAUAGAUCUUUACCACGAAAUGUUACCAUACAAAAUGCGAUUUUUAUUACCUUAGAAAACACAGCAUUCUUUGGAGAUAUCCUUCUUCAUUUUCCUCAUAUUACACAUCGCAUACUUAAGACACAACAAAAAUGGAAUUCAAUUAUAAAUUGGUCUUUAAAUUUCAUGUAUCGGACGAAAUACUUAUUGGAUUCGGAAACGCUUACGAAAAUUCAUUUAAUAUCUCAAGAAUUAAAUAUCACAAAACGCGAACAGGGAUAUUUCAAUCCUUAUUGGCAGCGUACUGACUCUCGAAAGGGAGACAAUGGAAAAACAAAGAAAAAGAAGUUAGUAAAGAAAGAAAGACAGAAGAGGGGUCCGCAAAUAACUAAGAUCGAGUUCUAA